AUGGAAGGUAUGAAGCUUGGAAUAUUGCUGGUUUUCUGUGCUUUGGUUGCAAUGUUUCCCACCCUGAGGGCUCACAUUGCCGAUUUUGAUGAGGUGUGGCAGCAGCGGGCGGAAGAAGCCAGGAAGGACGCCCUCAAAGCCUACCACCGAAAUCCCGAGGACGUCACCGAUCAUUUUAACGAGAGAGUCCAUGAGGCCAUGGAAGGAGGCAAUAGCACAAGGAGAAGUUUAGGCAGACACAGAAGCCUGUGUAAGGCUACAAACCCAAUUGAUCGAUGCUGGAGAUGCUACAAAAACUGGGGCAGGCACCGGAAGAGGCUAGCCAAUUGUGUCAUAGGCUUCGGUCGUGGGACAACCGGAGGCAAGGCUGGGAAAAUCUAUGUGGUCAAGGAUGCAUCGGACAACGACAUGGUGAACCCUAAACCGGGAACCCUGCGCCAUGCCGUGAUCCAGCCCGGGCCACUCUGGAUCAUAUUUUCACAUAGCAUGGCGAUUAGGCUAAACGAAGAGCUAUUGGUGACAAGUGACAAGACCAUCGAUGGACGUGGGGCUAGUGUGCACAUUGGCAAUGGUGCUCAAAUAACCCUUCAGUUUGUGAAAAAUGUGAUAAUCCAUGACCUCCACAUCCAUGAUAUAAAGAAAGGGACCGGCGGCCAAAUUAGAGACGCAGUUGAUCACUAUGGCCUUCGCACGGAGAGUGAUGGCGAUGGAAUCUCUAUUUUUGGAUGCUCAAAUAUUUGGAUUGAUCAUAUUUCAAUGUCAAAUUGCCAGGAUGGACUAAUUGAUGCCAUACAGGGAUCCACGGCCAUCACCAUCUCCAACUGCCACUUCACCAAACAUAAUGAGGUGAUGUUGUUUGGUGCAAGCAAUAUAUUCGAGGGUGAUAAACUCAUGCAGAUAACUCUUGCUUUCAAUCACUUCGGCCAGGGAUUGGUGCAAAGGAUGCCAAGGUGCCGAUAUGGGUUUGUCCAUGUUGUCAACAACGACUACACUCAUUGGCUCAUGUAUGCCAUUGGUGGUAGCCAAGAUCCUACCAUUCUUAGCCAGGGUAACCGGUUUAUCGCUCCUCCCAUCGCAGCUUCAAAGGAGGUGACUAAGAGGGACUAUGCACCUGAGAGUGAGUGGAGGACAUGGAAUUGGAGAUCAGAGGAGGAUUUGUUGAUGAAUGGAGCCUUCUUUGUUCAAUCUGGAAGGCAAAUAAGAAAGAUGGACAAGAAGGGAGUGAUCACAGCAAAGCCAGGGAAGUUCGUGAAAAGGCUCACGCGCUUUGCAGGUGCUCUUAACUGCAUCGAGCAUAAGCCAUGUUAA